AUUGCUGUUAUAACAACAGUAUUGUCUCACUGGUAUAUAUCAUUGGGAUACAAAUGAUACCAGAAAUUAAGUGAAUUAUAUAGUUCUGAAGGUUGUUUAGGAUGAUAAAAACAUGAUAUUUCGGUUAUUGCUUACACUGUUUCAUAACGCAUGUAGUAAUAGGUACUGGUUGCCGUAAAGAAUAAAAUAUUGUGGUCCUGAAAAAAUUUGAUUGAAGGAACGUGAAGCUUACCUUAUCAAAAGUUGUUAUUUUCAGCAGGACAAUGGUAUUCUUCCGAUUUUGGAACAUGAUUGAGAGUUGAAAUUGACUAUAGCGGCUUUUUAAAAAAUAUUUCUGUUUACGCUAUAGUGGAUGAUGUAUUCAUAUCUACUACCACUGUUUAGACGAGAUUAUCUCACUCACUUUUCAUGGCAUUCACUGUCUAACUACAAAGUAAACUGAACAUUGAUGUGGCGAGUUAAUUACUCUUCAAAAUACAGUAAAAAAGUGUUACGCAAAUGAGUUUUUGGGAUAAAAGUGAAAUUUCAGUGGUAAAAUAUGUUCAUUUGAAUACCUGAGAUCAUGAUAAGAACACUAGAUACCGAAUAAAUUUAUAUUAACCGAGAAAUAUGCAUACAACACAAAAACGGUACUGUACUCAGAAUCAGCCGACAACAGUCACAAUUGAUUCUUCUGUUAAUGAAAUGGAAAAUGAAGACUGGAAUAGAUUUCUGGAAAAUGACUUUACUAAAUUUAUGGGGAUUACUUCACGGCAAAAUUAUCCAUUUAACGAUCAAUCUAUUAUAUAUAAUCCAAAUGAUACCAGUACUACUUCUAAUAUCAUUAAUAAUAACAACAUUCCUAUCACAUAUAAAAUGAAUGAUAAUAAUAAAAGUGGCAGUGUAAAUAAAAAUAUUUUGGGACACGUCAAGGAGUUGCGAGAAAAUUGUUCUAAUGACAAUAAUCUAGAAAUUACUCCCAAUUGUGAUUGCUCAGAUAAUGAUCUAUCAUGGACAAAGGAUGUUUUCAAUUCAAAGCAUUAUACCACUAGCUCUCUUGCUUUGACAAGUGGAUUUAUCAAUGACACAAAAAUACAAAAUAAUCAUCCAGUCAGUAGUGAAUUUAUUUCUGGUGAAGAUUAUCAACAAUCUAACUAUCUCUAUGAUCAACAUUUUAAUUCUGCACCUGUACAAUUAUGUUCACAAACUGAUUAUUCUGUAAUGAGAACUGUGAAUUAUCCUUAUAUUAUUAAUAACGAACAUCCACAUUAUCUUAGUGAGUACAUUCAAUCAAGUGACACAGAGUAUUCAAAUUAUCAUAAUAAUCUUCAUAUGGAUUUAAGAUCAAAUGUCUCUGAUUUUACCGAUACUAGUAUUGCUAGUGAUCCAGAUUAUCAGAACCAAAUCGAAUCAAAAGCAAAGUCAUCAUUCAUGUUUUUAAAUGAUCACUUAUGUGCACCACAAGCACCAACCAUAGAAAAUUUAAAGUCAUGUAAUCCUUUGAGCCAGGAAGAUUCCUUUGAGAAUGGAUGGCUUGAUGGUCAAAACAGAACACAUUAUUGUGCUAACUGGUCAGUCGAUUGGACAAAUAAUACUGAGUCAAAUAGUCGACCAAACUAUCACUCAUGUAAUUCAAAGCAUAUUCCUAUAAACUUUGACAGUUUCCGAUGUCUAGGCGCCACUUCUUAUUUCGAUGCUAGAAAUUCGAAUUGUAAAAAAGACUGUCUAGUUACAAAGAAUAGUGAAUCGGUUGACCAUCCACAUAAAGGAGCGCCAAACAUAUCUAGUAAUCACCAGUUUGAUUCAGGACCCAAACUGUGUAACGAAUUUGAUAGUUCCUUAUCUCCACAAACAGAGUCAACGAAACUAUGCAAUGUUACUUCUAAUACCGGUUCAGAGGUACCCAUCCCUAACGCUUUCAACUUGUCGAGUGGUGCAUACUUCUGGCUAUAUAACUCCCAGUGCAAAGGUCCAAAGGCCUCUCCAUUAUUAAGCUUGACAAAUUCAAUGAUUUUGAAUAAUUCAGCUGAAGAUGAUCAAUCAAGUUUGACAGAAAAUUGCACUUCAAGUGUCUAUCAAGAUGAUUUCGUGUCUUCUAGUGCUUCUUCUCGUGUUAUUAAUCCAGUAAUACAUUAUCCUAUAUCCCCAUUAUCCUUGCCAGGAUAUCCAUUUGUCGUUUUUGAAGAUCCUGUUCAAAGAAGAUAUGAUUUAGUUCAUUGCUCGAAAUUGCGUCGAGGUGACGGUAAUGAUGUGACUCCAAAUUUAAUGCGUUUGCGUUCUAUGGGGGAAGAACUUGCUCAUUUGAAUAGAAAUAUCACAGCUCAAGGUGAGUUAAUCGCUACAGGUGCAAGUUCGGUGCUUGAUCAGCCAGAUAUGAAUUUGGAUUUUAAGGUGAUUCAGGAUCUUUCUGGGAGUAUCUUCAAUUCCAAAAUAGUUGAACAGGCAAAACGCGAAAAAAACAAGUUGGCUAGCAAAAUUUGUCGUCUUAAAAAGAAAGCGUUUCACGAAGCCAAUAAAAUUAAAUAUCUUGGAUUGGAGAUUGAGUACAAUGAAUUGGCUUCAGUUAUAGUAAAAAUAAAAGAAUUGAUUACAAAAGCUCUAAAAAAUAAUUUACCAUCAGAAAAUUUACGUUAUGAAUUAGCGAAUCAGCAACACUUUUAUAUGUCUGAAAAUCAAUUGAAUAAGGUAGACUUAUCAUCAACAUCAUCAAGUCACACUGGAUCGAUAGCAUUGACACAAUCUACCGUAAAACUUUUUCCAAAUAUUUCGGGAUCAGUGUUUAAACAAGCUUUAGUAUUCUAUGAAACAACACAUGUUACCCGGACAGCUGAAAGAAUGGAUAUAUUAGUCGAUGAAGUCAUUCAAAAUUAUUCAUUCUCCUGUUCUUUAUCUUCUGGUAGAACUGACUCAUUUGAACGUGAUAGUCAAUCUUUUACAUCAAAUAGAAAAUACUAUACUCCUUUACUGCAAGCAUUGACAAAUGCAAACAUGUAUUACAACAAUCACGAUGAGGAUAAGUCAUCGGAUACUAAAAAUUCAAAUGUUAUCUUUCACGAAACACCAGAAAUGAACAAAGCAAACGAUAUUCCACAAGAUACACAACAACAAUGUCCAUCAACAUCUAAAUUAAAUUAUCCAAGACCACCACCAGAAUUUAAACUAAUUUAUGAAUGAAAAAAUCAUUGGCAUCAAAGAAACUAUUAAUUAACGAAGUAAUUCUCAUUCAUUCCCUUCUAUCUUCACAACUAAAUUUGUUUAAUAAGUAAAACUUAUACCUUGAACUAACUAAAUUGAAGUGUUUUGUCACUUUUUUAUUCUUAAAUAAAUAGUCGUUUUAUUGUAUGGAGGUAUAACUAAACACUGAUAAAAAAACUGUGAUAAUGUGUUUUUGUUUUGAAUAUAAUAGAUAAUCUAUUGUUCAUUCCAUGCAUACCUAUUCCAUUCUAUGUUUAUAUUUCAUUUUAUACUGUUGUUCUGAAAUACUCAUCUUUCUAUAUCAUUUCACCAUGUUAUCAUUCUAUACUUUAUAUACUUAUUCAGCAUACAUAUAAGCAUUCAUACAUUAUACCAAAUGUUAAUAUUUUCAUUUGAAAAUCAUCAUACUACUAACAAUAAUUAUGUAAUAAACGAUGUUAACAAGAUUUAUAAAUUUAUCAUUAUUAUUAUUUUAAACAAUUAAUUUCACCUUUCAUAAUCAUUAUACUUUUUCUCAUUUACAAAUUAUUAAUGUUAAUAUAUUUAUCUCCCCCUUUUAUAAAGAAACAAAAAAAACAUACAACAGAAACUACUUGAUUCAUUUCAUGUCUUUGUGUGCAUAAUAGUAAGAAGUAAAUCUUGAUAAUAAAUAAUAUUAUUAGUUGUAGCCGUGAUAUUUUUAUCAUUAUUAUUUACAUUAUUAUUAUUUGUAGUAGAAGUGUGGGUUGUAGCAGUAAUGGUGACACGUUGAAUUAGUGCGGUUGUGAAAUGUGUAUAUAAAUGAUACAUUUGAUGAACAUUUCAAUACAAGUUUAUGCUUUAUCUAGUAAACAAAUAAAAAAUGAUGAUAAUAAUAAUACUAUGUGUGUAAAUUAAUUCAACUUGUCAAUAUAAAAAACUACUUUUCUCUUGUUAAACGGUGUUGCUAUUCACGUUCAUCAAUGUGUCUAGUUUUCGACUAUUACUCAAUUAAUCUACCAAGUUGUAAAUUCACUGUCUUGCAGUCGUUAAAUUAAUUAUUCAUUUGUCCUAUAUCUCCACAUAGAGAUAUUUUAAAUUUACUGUUAAUACUUAUAUGGAUCUUAUCACUAAAGUAAUAUGUCCAAGAUAUUAUGUCUGUUCGACACUCUGCAAAGAAAAUAAACAAAUAUAGUUUUUAGCAGUAAGAACUUCGUCAAUAUGGAUAAUUGAAUUGUAUGUUAUAAAGGAUAUAGUUAUUUGAG